AUGGGAGUGCAGAGAUGCAGCUUCCUUGAGGACCUGCCUCCAUAUACCAAUGAAUAUAGAUACCCAAGACUGGCAGGCGCCGAGACAGUCAUAAGCCGAGAAUAUUGUCGUUUCCUAGAUGGAAACAAGAGCCCAUGUGUUCUAUUUACGCAUAUGCCACGGUGUGAACUCAAGAAACCCGGUAGGAACCGUCAAGGAAGAGUCGACUAUAUCUGCUCCUUAGAUAUGCUCGUUUUAACUAUACUUUGCCUCCCACAUGAAGAAGCUGACUGCCGGUUUGGUGGCCUUGUUACCUUAAAGGCAGCUAAAAUGAAUAUCUACCGGCAUAUAUCUUUCAGAGGCGCUACCCGGGCCAAUACUCCAGAGAGGGAAAAAGAGGCAGACAGCUCGUGGGCUCCUCGCCGGCUACCUCAGGGCAGAUCAUGGCUGCAUGAAUUAAAAGGCGAUGUUACAAGUGCCAUCUCCGUUGAUAUCAAGAGACCCAGCGGCAACAUCUACAUCACAUCGUGGGAACGCGGAAUAGUCCCUACCAGACAUCACCCUUACCCCGACCUUAGAGUGGUCGAAGAAUUAAAGAUAUUCAGGGGCAAAAAUCGCCAGCCACCGCCACCUAGAGUAGAAGGCAUGGAUAUCGUGAUACCAUUUUACGACUUGCUACUUCGCCCUCCAAAUCCCGCCCAUGGCGAGACGGAUCUCAAGUUCACGAAAGCAGAGCUCCUUGAAAUCGCUGAAGUAGUCUGGGAAGAUAUGGAUCGCAUGUGA